AUGAUGGAUUUUGAAAAUCCUUAGCCAAGUACCUAUGAUGAGAUGCACCCAGCGAUCACUUAACUUUUCAGCUAUCAAUCAAUGCUCUGUGCAAAUGAGAAUCUCAAUAAUAAUUUCAUCUAGAACUACCGCAAAAAAUACUUAGGUCCUUCGAUGUAGUUAACAACUGAAGAAGUCUUGUAAACUCACCCUAUGACUGAUGCAUAGAUUAAUUAAAAAAUAGUAUGGAAUGACAUCCCUGGAGGAAACUUGAAUUAUUUCUAGUCCCAUAGAUUUUUCGUGGUGAAAGGCUUCCUUACUUGUUCUCAGCUUCAGAUGGUCAGCAAUAAUGUCAAUAAUAAUAACUACAAUAGCAAUUUGAACCUAUAUGAAUAUGUAGAUAUUUAAAAAGAAAUGGGGGAGUUUCUUCCUGCUGAAAUUCAAAAUAUCAUAAAUAAUCAAAGCUAGUUUGAUGUAUAGGAUUGGUUGUGUAAAAAGAUGUUUGCUAGACCUAUGAAUCAAAUUAGUGGACGAAAUAAAAACAAUAAAAACGCUAUAAAUUCAUGA